UCGUUUCUCUCCGGAGUGUGUAAAGACCCACAUGACGUAAACUUAACGUGAGCGCAAAGUUUGCACAUGCUACCCCACCACACGGUCAACAUGACCUACGGCAGGGCUGUGGACUCAGUGUGGAGAUGACCUCUCCACAGUAGCUGUGUUUUGGUGGGCUGCACAUCCUGGCAGUCCUACAUGGCGUGCCCUGUCCAGUUCCUCUGCCGGGGGCUUCGCACCGUUGGAUUAGUUCUGCUUUACUAUGUGUUCUCUAUAGGCAUCACCUUCUAUAACAAAUGGCUGAUGAAGGGUUUCCACUACCCCCUCUUCAUGACCUUGGUCCACCUCACCAUCAUCUUCUGCCUGUCGACGCUGACACGUCGGGCCACGCAAUGGUGGACAGGGAAACCCCGCAUCGUUCUCAGCUGGAGGGAUUAUAUAUAUAAAGUGUCUCCAACAGCCUUGGCAACAGCACUGGAUAUCGGACUUUCCAACUGGAGCUUCCUCUUCAUCACCAUUAGCUUGUACACAAUGACCAAAUCUUCAGCAGUGCUCUUUAUCCUCUUUUUUUCCCUGGUCUUUAAACUAGAGGAGCCGAACCCAUUCCUGAUCGUGGUGGUCCUGCUGAUCUCCUGCGGUCUGUUUAUGUUUACAUAUGAGUCGACCCAGUUUAACCUGGAGGGCUUCAUCAUGGUGCUGCUGGCGUCCUUCAUAGGAGGGAUCCGGUGGACUCUCACUCAGGUCCUCAUGCAGAAAGCAGAGCUGGGCCUUCAAAACCCAAUAGACGCCAUGUACCACCUACAACCUCUCAUGUUCCUCGGCCUCUUUCCCCUCUUCCUCUAUAAUGAAGCGCUCAGCCUCAGUACCUCAGAGAAGUUAUUCCGGGUGACGGAGCUCUCGCCUCUCCUGUAUUCGCUCUUCACACUGAGCAUCGGCGGCUCGCUGGCCUUUGGGUUGGGUUUCUCGGAGUUCCUGCUGGUCUCCAGGACCUCCAGCCUCACUUUAUCCAUAUCAGGGAUCUUUAAGGAGGUGUGCACUCUGCUUUUGGCAGCGUCUUUGAUGGGAGACAAAAUGAGCUCGCUCAAUUGGCUCGGGUUCGUUGUGUGUCUGUGUGGCAUUUCAUUGCACGUGGGACUCAAGACAUAUUAUUCCAAAAAUAAGGGCCCAUCUUUAAGGCAGCUCAGCAGUAAAGGCCCAGAGCUCGAGUUGCCGUUACUGCGGCAGAACGGAGACGAAAGAGAGGAUUCAGCUGCAGAUGACUACAAUGACGAGGACGAGGAACAAGAAAUCACUCUGCACUGACAUCACAGGACAGUCUAGACUGUCUUCAUACUACUCCUACCUGUACAAUUCCUCUAUCAACAGUGUUUGAACAGUGAUAUCGAAGCCUUGGAGCUUCCAAAACCUCUGCGUUUGGGACACACUGCCACAAAAAAAAAGAGAACAGCCUCUUCAGCUCUUUUCUUCCACCGAUCACGUCUUCAGGCCAGGCUGGGGCCUCACUAUCAGCUGUACGUUAACUGUGGACUUGACACAAGUUAUGAUCUUUUGCCUUAGGGGACCUUCAGAAAUGUAGCUAAUACAUCGGAGUGUCAACAAAGUAUGAUAUAUGGACAAAGAGGGUGUUAACAGGGAUACUUUGACACCUUGAAUUGUAGUGGCUCAUUCUCUAUCUCUCUCUCUCAUAUAUAUAUAUAUAUAUAUAUAUACUGUUUUGUGAAGUGGCACAGCUGCCUUUAGAAUAAAUGGUUACAAAACUGAACUGACAAAUGUACAGUGUUUGGUUUUGAAAAUCAGCUAGAAGUGUCCUGCAGAGUGUUAACCUAAUUUAAGAAUAAAUUAUGCUUUUCCAUAAGUAUGUAGCCUGAUUCCCAAGAAAAGGGAAGUUUAAGUUAUUUUGUGUAAACACAGGAUUAAUAGUUGAUGUAUGAUAUAGUGCCUCAGAUACCUAUUUUUGUUAUUAAAGCUAACAGUACAAUUUAAUACAACCCUAUAACAGUUGGGACGCUGUAUGAAACAUAAAUGAAAAUAGUCUGCAAUGAUUUGCAAAUCCUUUUCCACAUACAUUUAAUUGAAUACAGUGUAAAAAUAAGAUGUUAAUAUUCAAACUGAUUAACUGUGUUUUUGUAAAUAUUCUGCUAAUGGACUAAUCAAUGAAUUGAAAACUGUUUUGAGCCUGCUCUGAAUGUGACUUUAUCAUCUUCAUAUUGUGAAAUGCCACAGUAAUCUUUACUCAAAUUCGUUUCAAAGGCUAGCUGUGCUAACUGAAAGACAAGCAUACAUUUACAUGAAGUAAUGAGCUGCAGGGUUGGAGUCUAAAAUGAAUGGUCUCCAACCACGAGACGUGAAAUGAAUACCUUAAUGUGCCUUCUUAACGUCGCAGUAGUCAAGCAGACAACUUUGAAAGAGCUAUUUUCAAUGCAUCAUAAUUAAAUCUGUUAUUCUGUAACUACCUGAGUUGAAAGCCAUUUUAUGAGUUUUUUUUAAUGUUUUGUUUCAUUUUCUGUAAAAUGCAGCAUUGUUGCAAUACAUUAAGAAAUAAAUGUGAUUUUUGUGUCAGAA